ACAGGAAGCCCAAAAAAAUCUUAUCAACUCAAGAGUGUACGUAAGCCUCCGCCUGACUGCCACUGCCUCACAGUUUAUCGCGUUCGUCCAACUAACGUUACGAUCUUAUCUGGUCGCCACUGAAAGACCAAAUGGGGUGCUUCUUUUCGAAAAAAUCCAAAAGAAAGUCAUCCGAAAAAGAUGACCGUACACCGACAACAACGACUGUCGAAACGACGACAAGCAACGCUGUUCCCCUUGGCAACAACACCGACGAGGCACCGAAGCAAUACAGCUGGGAUAAGAGAGAAAAGGUUGAUCCAAAGGACUACAUGCUGUCAGGGCUCAAAGAUGUCACGGUGGGCCGUCUGCCUGGCAAACUGAACGGGCAACAGUUUGUCAUCCAGGAGUGCGAGAAUUGCAACAUCUACGUGUUCGACCACUCAGCAACUAUCACUAUCGAUGACUGUGUCAAUUGCCGCAUUGUUCUAGGACCUAUCAAGGGCAGUGUAUUUUUCAGAGACUGUAAAGACAUCAAGUGCGUGGUGGCCUGUCAGCAGUUUCGCACCCGAGACUGUAAAAAGAUGGAGGUGUUCUUGUGCUGUGCCACCCAGCCCAUCAUUGAGUCAUCUACGGGUAUGAAGUUUGGCUGCUUUCAGUACUUCUACCCCGAGCUGGCCUUCCACUUCAAAGAUGCCGGGCUCAGCAUAUUCAACAACAACUGGAGCAACAUCCACGACUUCACGCCGGUGUCCGGAGAGAACAACUGGAGCUUGUUGCCAGAGACUUCAUCGGUUCUGGAUUAUAUACCAAUCCCAGACCCUGAGUCUGAAUUCAAAUCUGUUCGAAUCUCCACUGAACCCCAACGCAGCAUCGUGCCUUUGACUAAGGGAGGCAGGCGUAAGGACAGUGAAGAGUCCUGCCUCUUUGUUUUCUUCUCAGGAGAAUACACCACUGCAAAUGCCCGCAAACUGAUCGAUGAGGCCACCGCUAAAGGUUUUGUGCUGAUCCAGACAAAAGAAGUGUCAAUGCGACCUGAAGAUGUGAAGAGAGUGUUUCAGAACAGUGCAGAGGAUCUUGUGGAGUGGAUCACCAAAGGUCCUGUCAUUGCCCUCGAGCUGAACGGGGACGGAGUUGUAGCAGCCUGCAAGAACAUCGCUAAUGAAGUGUUCAGUGGAACCAAGGUCUUUGUCUCUGAUAACAAAAAUACGUCCUCUCAAGAUGUGGAUAGCUUCUUCAAUUUUGCUGACAUGCAGAUGGGCUUGUAAAUGAUCAAGUAUCA